CAAUCCUCUGUCAAACUGUCCUUCUCCCUCUCUCUCUCUCUCUCUCUCUCUUCACUGAGACAGCGAAGACGUUAGAUCUGUGACCACACGCUCCAAAAACCCUAACUCCAAGUUAGAUUGUAGUACUAGCAUCCAUGGCAGCGGUGGAUGUUCAGAAUAUUCUUCUUGGUGAAACCACUUGUGGUUCCUUAUUGAAGCAAUUGCAGCAAAUUUGGGAUGAGGUUGGCGAAAGUGACGAGGAACGGGACAAGAUGCUUCUUCAGUUAGAACAAGAGUGCUUGGACGUGUACAAGAGGAAGGUUGAUCAGGCUGCAAAGUCAAGGGCUCACCUUCUUCAAGCCUUGGCAGAUGCCAAUGUUGAACUCUCCAGUCUUCUAUCUGCUCUCGGAGAGAAAACUUUUACUGGAAUUCCUGAGAAUACUUCAGGAACAAUUAAGGAACAAAUUGCUGCUAUAACACCAGUACUUGAACAGCUGUGGAAACAGAAAGGGGAAAGGAUAAAGGAGUUUUUUAAUGUACAGUCACAAAUACAAAAGAUUAGUGGAGAAAUUGUUGGGACAGGUGAGCAGGUAGGGAGUCCUGCAGUUGAUGAGACCGAUCUAUCCUUGAAGAAAUUGGAUAAUUUUCAAUCUCAGCUCCAAGAACUUCAAAAAGAAAAGAGUGAUAGGUUGCACAAGGUCCUUGAAUUUGUAAGCACUGUGCAUGACCUCUGUGCUGUCCUUGGGAUGGACUUCUUUAGCACUGUUAAUGAGGUUCAUCCAAGCUUAAACGACUCUAUUGGUGUGCAAUCCAAAAGCAUCAGCAAUGACACCCUAGCUAGGCUGGCUAAUACGGUUUUAGCACUAAAAGAAGAUAAGAAGCAGAGGUUGCAAAAGCUUCAAGAGUUAGCAAGUCAGCUAAUUGAUCUUUGGAAUUUGAUGGAUACCCCCCGAGAAGACCGGAGUUUGUUUGAUCACGUUACCUGCAACAUAUCAGCUUCAGUAGAUGAAGUAACCAUCCCGGGGGCCCUUGCCCUGGAUCUGAUAGAGCAGGCUGAGGUGGAAGUUGAAAGGCUGGAUCAGCUAAAAGCUAGUCGGAUGAAGGAAAUUGCUUUUAAGAGGCAAGCUGAGCUUGAAGAGAUAUUUACCCGUGCUCACGUUGAGAUUGAUUCGGAGGCUGCCCGAGAGAAAAUUAUGUCACUUAUUGAUUCUGGGAAUGUCGAGCCUUCUGAGUUAUUGGCUGACAUGGAUAAUCAAAUAGUAAAAGCAAAGGAAGAGGCUCUCAGCAGAAGAGACAUAUUGGAUAAGGUUGAAAAAUGGAUGUCAGCUUGUGAAGAAGAGAGUUGGCUUGAAGACUACAAUAGGGAUGAAAACAGGUAUAACGCAAGCAGAGGUGCGCAUUUAAAUCUGAAACGUGCUGAAAAAGCCCGGAUUUUAGUCAACAAAAUUCCAGCUCUUGUUGACACUCUGGUUGCCAAGACAAGGGCUUGGGAAGAAGAUCAUGGCAUCUCAUUUACCUAUGAUGGUGUUCCCCUGCUUGCAAUGCUAGAUGAGUAUGCAAUGCUCAGGCAUGACAGAGAAGAAGAAAAACGAAGGAUGAGGGAUCAAAAGAAGUUCCAUGAACAACUAAACACAGAACAGGAAGCGAUUUUUGGUUCAAGGCCGAGCCCUGCUAGACCACUUGGUACAAAGAAGGUGGUGGGCCCACGUGCAAAUGGUGGUGCGAAUGGAACUCCUAGCAGACGGUUAUCUCUGAAUGUUAACCAAAAUGGUGCCAGGUCCUUGAGUAGUAAAGAUGGAAGACGGGACAGUGCCAGGCCCAUUGCUCCUGUGAACUAUGUUGCCAUUUCGAAAGAGGAUGCUGCAUCUCACAUUUCCGGGACUGAGCCAGUUCCGGCUUCACCAUGAUAACGGAAUAAGGAAGUAAUAUGUAGGUUUACACACAUGUGGUAUGUGAUUGUUAGUACCAGUGUAGUUGCUGCAAUAGGGAUACAUCUUUGAACAUCGAGGCAGUGUAGUGACUGGGUUGCUUGUUUGUGUUAUAUUGGCAUUUGGAAAGCUUUUAAAUCGCGCUUCUUCCUUUUUUGCUAGA